UCCCCCAUAGUGAGGUCCUAUUCACAUCGCAUUUCUGAAGGACAUUGCUGGUAUAUGUUGGGAUACUGUGAUUGUGGUCUGGUUAGAUCCUUGUGUCAGUCAUCAUGACCAGUUCCACCUGUUUUUGCACAGUUUCUGCAUUUGACAGACUGUCACACCCAAUUAAAUAUUUACUUAAUGACAAAUACUAGCUCCUUGCCAUGAAGCUGUAAUCCAUCCCCUAUAUAAGAAUGGUCUCAGUCUCUAAUAUACUAUUCUGCCUACAACCAUCUGCCUGAACGAGCCAAGAAGCUAACAUCACCUCCAAACAUGACUGAGCUGGAGACUGCGAUGGCUCUUUUAAUUGAUGUCUUUGACAAAUAUGCUAGUACUGAGGGCAAUAAGAACUCUUUGACCAAAGGGGAAUUGAAGACUAUGAUGGACAAGGAACUGCCCGGGAUCAUGGGGAAAGCAAAAGACAAGGACGAAUGUGACAAACUCCUUAAAGAUCUGGAUGAAAAUGGAGACAAUGAAGUGGAUUUUAAUGAAUUUAUUAUAUUUGUUGCUGCGCUUACCUGUCUGGGACAUGAAAGAUUUGCAAAAAUGCCCAAAAAAUAAUUAUUUCAAUUAUUCUACUGUUGAUCAAUAAAGUUCUGUA